CUUCCACCUACCGAAUUCAAUCACAAAGCUCCGGUCGGCUCGGGGCUAUAGUGGAAGACACCUACCCAAAGUGCCAUGCAGUGGGACUGAACCCGAAACCAUGUAGCUAGGAAGCAAGCUCCCUAUAUAUUGAUUUGAGGAGGCAAAUAAUGGAAAAAAGUGAAAAAUUUCAGGAAUUGAUUUUUCCUGAAGAUGUGAUAAAAGAAACAAGUAAUUUGUCCUAUGACUGUGAUGUCUGUGAAAAGUCCUUCUCUCUAAAAGGUAACUUGACUAAACACAAACGUAUUCAUACAGGGGAGAAGCCAUAUCAUUGUGAUAUCUGUGAUAAAUCAUUCUCACGGAUUGAUGACUUAGCUAAACAUAAACGUAUUCAUACAGGAGAGAAGCCAUAUCACUGUGAUAUCUGUAGUAAAUCAUUCUCUGUAAAUAGUGCCUUAACUAAACACAAACGUAUUCAUACAGGAGAGAAGCCAUACUUGUGUGAUAUCUGUGGUAAAUCAUUCUCUCGGAGCAGCAACUUAAAUACGCAUGUACGCAUUCAUAAAGAAAUGUAACUGCAUCCAUGUUAAAAUUCAUAAGAAAUAUUUUAAGCUUCACCUAAACUGGGGGUUGCCCCUUGUGUUUUAGCCAUCACAGCAAUAACUAAUCCACUUGUGGCUCACUUCUCUUGGCUGUCAUUUACAGCUGGUGGACCCUCCCUGAUAUCAACCCUGUUAGUUGCCUCUUUUCAUCAUUAAGGGAUAGUGUUUACUGUGAAAACAAUCCGAGAAACAAACAAAAACUCUUAUGAAUAAUUUGGGGUUCACGUGAUCGACCAGUCCAUCAGAUGCAGUUACACAUCGCUGGUCACAAUGCGUUCGCAUUGUUUUAGCCUUCGGAU